UAAAGGGAUAUUCAAGCAUACAAUAUUCUUGAAGUUUGUUUUAAUUCCCCUCAGGCCUCAGGUUCUUCAAAGUGGAAUAUAUAUAGAAGUAGCCAAUUAAUUAUCUCAAAGGAAACAGAGGAAGCUACUUCUAUAUAUAAUUCUUAUUAAAAAAGAGAAUGAAGGCGUUUUUCGUAACAGCAGUAUGGAUACUAUGCUGGGGAUUAUUCAUAAUAAGCGAUGUUGGGAUUAAUGCAGAAAGGCUUACUUUGAAGGAUAAAUUAGAGCCAACUGCUACUUAUAACAUUAGUUAUGUGGAGAAUAAUGAGAUGAGACCACAUGGCUUUGCAGUAAGGCUUGUGCAUUUUCUGUGGAGUGGAAAGUCCUCUUAUGAGCACGUCUGGCCGGAGAUGGAGUUUGGAUGGAGAGUAAUUGUUGGGUCCAUUGUGGGAUUUUUUGGUGCUGCUUUGGGAAGCGUCGGAGGGGUUGGCGGCGGUGGAAUUUUUGUUCCAAUGCUAACUCUUAUUAUUGGCUUUGACCCAAAAUCAUCUACAGCUAUUUCCAAAUGCAUGAUAAUGGGAGCAGCUGGAUCAACAGUGUACUACAACAUGAGGCUGAGGCAUCCAACACUAGACAUGCCUAUAAUUGACUAUGAUUUGGCUUUGCUCUUACAACCUAUGCUAAUGCUUGGUAUUAGCAUUGGGGUGGCUUUCAAUGUCAUCUUUGCUGAUUGGAUGGUUACUGUCCUCCUUAUCAUCCUUUUUGUUGGUACCUCGACAAAGGCUUUGUUUAAGGGAAUUGAGACAUGGAAGAAGGAAACAAUAAUGAAAAAAGAAGCAACCAAGAUGCAGUUGGAGUCAGAGUACAAGCCAGAGUCUGAAGGGGAAUACAAGCUACUUCCUACUGGUCCAUUAGCUUGUGUAGAUGACACUGUUCCUAUGCUUCGCAACGUUUACUGGAAAGAAUUGGGACUUCUAAUGUUUGUUUGGGUGGCUUUCCUAGCUAUUCAAAUUGUCAAGACCUACACCGUGACAUGCUCCAUCGGGUACUGGAUUUUAAACUUAUUGCAGGUACCUGUUGCUGUUUCGGUUUCAUUAUAUGAAGCAAUAUGUCUGUACAAGGGGACAAGGGUGAUAGCAUCAAAAGGAAAAGAGAUAACAAACUGGAAGCCACAUUUACUCUUCUUUUACUGUUGUUGUGGCAUAGUUGCUGGUAUUGUUGGCGGAUUGCUUGGUCUCGGAGGUGGCUUCAUCCUUGGACCGCUGUUUCUAGAACUUGGAAUUCCUCCUCAGGUAGCAAGUGCAACAUCAACCUUUUCAAUGACAUUUUCAUCCUCUAUGUCAGUUGUGCAAUAUUACCUAUUGAAGCGUUUCCCUGUCCCAUACGCUACUUAUUUCGUUUCUAUAGCAACAAUUGCUGCAGUAGUUGGUCAACACGUCAUAAGAAGAGUAAUUGCUCUGCUUGGAAGAGCCUCUAUUAUCAUAUUCAUACUGGCCAUGACAAUAUUUACCAGUGCAAUCAGCUUAGGUGGUGUGGGGAUAGCAAAUAUGAUUGAGAAGCUGGAGAACCAAGAUUAUAUGGGAUUUGAUAACCUUUGUUACCAUUCCUAGAUAUGUAAUUUGGCUUUAAAACAAAGGCUAGUUGUGGAAGGAUAUGACUACUUAAUUCCACAUUGUAAUAAGUCACAUUUUCAAUUUAUAUUGCGUCUAUUUGUUUUCAAGAAGAAAACAAAAUUAUAACUUGGAUCCAUCUCUAUUUUA